AAGGCUUGUUAACAUACGUGUUCUACAUGAUGGCGAGCAGGGUGUUUGGGAGGGUACCUUUCACAAGAGUGCAAGAGCGGUGCACCUUGCACCACAAGCAGCAACAGCUGCAACAACUAGUCAGAUGUAGUCACACAGCAGUGGAAAAGCUGACGUUGAGUUACACCCAUGGAGCCAGUUCCACCCCACUGUUUGGUGUGACUAUCGGGAAGCGUCUGCAGCACCAGGCUGAGAUCAACCCGGACAAAGAUGCAGUUGUGUUCAUUCGCGAAAAUGUCAGGAGGACAAUAGCACAGCUGCUCGACGAGGCGGACCAGCUUGCGGCGGGGCUUCUGCAGCUCGGGGUGAGACGAGGAGAGAGGGUUGGGAUAUGGGGGCCCAACUCUCUCGAGUGGGUUGUCACCCAGUAUGCCACGGCCAGAGCAGGGAUCAUACUGGUGAACAUCAACCCUCAGUACAGGGAGAAGGAGUUGGAGUAUGCACUGAACAAGGUAGGCUGCAAGGCUCUCAUAGCUGCCCCAGGAUACAAGGAUAUGGACUACUAUCAGCUGUUGUACAGCAUCAUCCCUGAGUUGGCCACAGCCCACCCUGGAGAUAUCCACAGUCACAUCCUGCCACAGUUGAAACUGCUCAUCAUGAUGGGAGACGACCAAUACAGAGGGGCACUGAAAUUCUCUCAGGUGAUGGAAGCAGGAACUAGCAAGGACAGAGCAGCCAUCUUGGAUUUACAAAAUCGCCUGCAGUUUGAUGAUCCCGUCAAUGUUCAGUUUACGUCAGGAACAACGAGCUUCCCGAAGGGCGCCACUCUGUCCCACCACAACAUCCUGAACAACAGCUACCUCGUCGGGCAGAGACUUGACUACCACCAGAGGGAAACCCGUGUGUGUAUGCCGGUGCCGCUGUACCACUGUUUCGGGAUGGUCUUGGGUUGCCUCCAGAUCCCCUCCCAUGGUGCAUGCUGUGUGUUCCCUUCUCCCAGCUUUGAGGCCGAGGCUACGCUGCAGGCUGUGCAGCAGGAGAGAUGCACCUCAUUGUACGGAGUGCCCACGAUGUUCAUCGACAUGCUGAACCACCCCAACUUCUCCCGCUACGACUACUCCUCCCUGUACACGGGCAUCAUGGCCGGCUCACCGUGUCCUGCUGCUGUCAUGACCAAGGUCAACCAACUCCUGCACAUGCCAGAAGUGACGGUGUGCUAUGGACUGACCGAGACGAGUCCGGUGACAAUGCAGAGUUAUCGAGACAGCCCCACUCAGAAGAGAGUUAGCACAGUGGGCCAGUGUGGGGCACACACAGAGGCCAAGGUUGUGGAUGAGGCGGGGGAGGUGGUACCUGUUGGUACUCCAGGCGAGCUGUGUACGCGCGGAUACACAACAAUGCUGGGCUACUGGAAUGAUCCUGACAAGACAGCUGAGGCCAUCAAGCCAGACCGAUGGUUCUUCACAGGGGACAUUGCCACUAUAGAUGAAGACGGCUAUUGUAAAAUCGUUGGUCGGACCAAGGACAUGAUCAUCCGGGGUGGGGAAAACAUCUACCCAACAGAGAUUGAGGAGCUGCUCUACAAGCACCCCAAGGUCAAGGACGUGCAGGUCAUUGGUGUGCCAGACGAGCGUCUGGGGGAGGAGGUGUGUGCUUGGGUUCAGCUGAAGGAUGGACAGACUGUGACAGACGUAGAGAUAAAGGCCUACUGCAAGGAGAGGCUGGCUCGCUUCAAGGUUCCUCGCUAUGUCCAGUUUGUGACGGAGUACCCUCUGACUGUAACGGGGAAGGUGCGGAAGUACAAGAUGCGGGAAGAUGCGGUGAAGUCGCUUGGGCUUGGGGACAUCCACGCUCACUGAUGUAUGACAGUUACAUUCAACACUGUUUCAGUCACAGAUGAUUGAGUGAAAGUUAUCGCAGCUUCUGUUCAGAUUGUUUGUUUUUGUAUUUGUCUUCCAAUCAAAAUAGGUGACUAUUAUGAGAUACAUCUGAUGACCCUGUAUCCUAGACAGGUCUGUUUAUGUGCUAUGUGUCCAGGGGUGGAUCCAGGAGUUUGGAGAAGGGACAUAUAUCCUGAAGUCCAAAUGUUAGGAGGGAAAAUAAACAAAAACAAAAACAACAACAACAACACACACACACACACACACACACACACACACACACGCGCACACGCACACACAAAACACAACACACACAAACACACACACACCAACACACACAAUACACACACACACACACACACUCUCUCUGGAUCCGCCCCUAGUGUCAGAUACUACAGUGACAUAUGCACUUGUCCACCACUGGCUGCCUGAGGUGUAGGUAGCGUGUAAGUUCUGUGGACAAUGUCCACUGACAUCUCAACAGCAACAUUAAGACAAUCUUAAUGCUGUGAUAAUUGUGGCUCCCACUCUUUCACAUAGACACAUGUCUUAGUGCUAAGAUUGCUCCAUGAUACAAUCAAAAGGAAUACUUGUGUAAGUGACUCAUGUAAGUGCUGCUGUACCCAAGCAGACGCCAUCGGACACACAUUACUUCAUGGCAACUACAGGCAGUAGAAGUGAAGUACCGAGGCAAACUGGAAGAGAAA